AUGUUAGUUACCAUGCUCACAGCAGCCUCCAAGCAGUACUGCUUCGCCGAGUUCAGCUAUGUAGUAUCGAUGCUCUUCAUCAAACUCAGUCUGACCUAUUUCUACCCGCCCCUCACCAACCUGCCGCGGCAGAUAUACACCGUCUACACCAUCAGUUUGUUGUACAAGACAGGCUACCUUUACGCCCACAACACAGCGGAAUUUAUUUCAGACUUGAUCCUCUCCGCCCUUCCCAUCUAG